AUGGUAAAUGCUCAAAACUGGCUAAACAAUAAAUAUCCUAACAAACAAGAAACUAAAGAAAUUAAAGCAAAUGAUUCAGAACAACUUCACGGUUCCUUAAUCAUCACUGAUUAUCCUAAUUUAGAAAUAAUACAUAUUCCUGAUCAAAAAAACCUCACCCAACUGCAAAUAAUUAAUAAUGAAAAGCUUGAAAUAUUGGAUGUUACUAAUAAUUACCGAUUAACCAAUUUAAGUCAUAAUUUAAACUUGGAAGAACUAAUUAUUAGAAAUAAUAACUUUGCUGAACAAGAUCUAAAUUUUUUAAAGAAUUUGGUUAACUUAAAGAGAUUGGAACUAGGAAAUGAUAACCAAGAAAAAAUCCAGCAAGGAAUUUAUAAUCGUUUUGUGAGUAGUCUAAAACCUUUGCAGAAUUUAAGUAGAUUAGAAAGAUUUGAUAUUAGAAAUACUGACCUAGAUUCUGGUCUAGAAUAUUUGCCAAAGAGCAUUAAGGUUUUUAAAUACUCAGCAGACAAAAGAAAAGAGGCUAAAUGCCGAAUUAUUGAAGAACAACUUGCUUCUCACAAAAACAGACUAGAGAGCUGA